GCGAGCUGCUGUCACAAGAGCAGAGAGCGCACAAGGCGCAAACAUCCGACGGGCCGCAGUCCGCCUGUGCUUUGCCCUCCGAGUGCAAGCCGCGACAACUUCUUUUUCGACGCAAGCAUGGCCGCCCUGUGACCUCAUCCCAACGCUCGGGAAGAUGGGAAGGACCGACGGGAUGAACAUGAUUUUGAUAACAAUACUGCUGGGACAGGCGGGGGCCGCGGACAAGAAGGAGGAGUGCCUGUCGGGCCAAUACACCGACGACGGAAAAUGCUGCAAGCAGUGUCCGCCCGGCGAGGGUGUCGAGAAGCCGUGCGGGGCCACGCAGACCGUGUGCGAGCCCUGCCUGGACAGCGAAAGCUUCUCGGAAAACUUCAGCCACACGGAGCGCUGCCGUCCGUGCACCAAAUGCUCGGGGCUCUUCCGCAUGGAGACGCCGUGCACGGACGCCAACGACGCCGUCUGCGUCUGCAACUACGGCUUGUACCUGAACGAGCUGUCGCGGCGCUGCGAGCCCUGCACCAAGUGCCCGGCGGGCCGCGGCAUGCUCUUCAGCUGCGAGGCCGACCGCGACACCGUCUGCGAGGACUGCGGCGGCGGGCAAACCUACUCCGACCAGGAGAGCUCGCGCGAGCCCUGCAUCCCCUGCAGCAGCUGCGACGAGGGCGACGAGCUGCAACUGCAGGCCUGCACCGCCGUGGCCGACACCGUUUGCCAAGAACAGUACCCCAGCGUGUCGCCGACGCCCUUCACCGAGCCCACCUACGUGGACUUCCCCAUCGACGAGCCGCCGUCGGACGGCCCGACGGACAGCGGCGCCCCCCCCACCGCCGCCGCCCCCACCACCGCCGCCAACGAGCGUGACUCCCACGAGCGCAUCUACAAGAGCCUGAACCACAAGCUCAUCCCCGUCUACUGCUCGGUCCUGGCGGCCGUCGCCGUCGGCCUCGUGGCCUUCAUCGUCUUCAAGAGGUGGAACAGUUGCAAGCAGAACAAGCAGCAGGCCAACAACUGUCAAGCGUCCAAUCAGAACCAGACACCGUCGCCCGAGGGCGAGAAACUGCACAGCGACAGCGGCAUCUCGGUGGACAGCCAGAGUCUGCAGGAGCAGACACAAACGCACACGGCGGUCACCGUGGACGAGGACCCGGGCCUCCUGCUGCCCCUGCGCGCCAGAGACGAGGCGGAGCGGCUGCUGUUCAACGGCGGGCGGGGGGGCGACGGCAGCGCGGAGGACGACUGGCGCAACCUGGCCGGCCUGCUGGGCUACGAGGGGGAGCGCGUGGCCGCCUUCCGCCAGGAGCAGCACCCGCUGCGGGCGCUUCUCUCCGACUGGGCCGGCAAGGACGGCGCCAGCGUGGACGCGCUGCGCGCGGCGCUGCGCAAAAUCAACCGCGACGACGUCGCCCAGAGUUUGGCCCCCGCCCCCGCCAAAGCCACCGCCACUUCCAUGGUAUAGCCGACCAACGCCUUCUUUCGCUCGCUCGCUCGUCUGGACAUGGAAGGAAAUUAGCUUGCAACCUUUUUGCAACCACGGUCGUCCCAAAGUGAACAAGUCCGGGCCGUAGCCCACAAGCGGCGUUAUUUACAUUAUUCCCCUCGCGUUGAAAAAUGGCCGCCGAGCGGACGCGCCGUCCCUGGCGGCAGGGGUCUGGAACCCUCGCCAGGAUGUUUGGAUUUGUUUCCGAACGGACCUGUUCACCGAGAAAGAGUCCCCAAACGCCGAGACGUGGAUCAGAGACACCGGAGAUGGCCCAACGCUUGCGUCACUUCAUGCCCGCUCACCGGGGGAGCCCGCUCGAGGGUCGCCUUGGACCUCCAAAAUGUCUGCAAAUUAUAUUUGAAGGAGCAAAUUGUUAUUGUUAUUCAAAUGAAGGUAUCGCCGCUCAUUUUUCAUGUCGCUCGCUCGAUUGUUGCGCUUGUACUUGUACCGUUUGCGUGUUUUGCAUCACAAGUGCCUGGCGACCAUUUCUGGGCUACUUGAUGUUUGUUUUUGUAGCAAAUUUCGUCCUGUAAAUAGAUGUCUUUUAUUUGAUUCUUUUUUUUAAGGAAAAGACCGAUGUACAAAUAUUGGAGAAAAACAACGAACCCCCCCCCCCCCCCCCCCCCCCAUGUGUUUACGACAACUUUCAAGACGUUUGGAAAACAGUGAGCGGACACUUAACUCCCAACAGUAUUUUGUUUCGUAGGAGAGGUUGGACUUGUACAGUAGCGAAGGUGACGACGUGCGGAUUAUUUUUUCGCCACUUGAGCGUCGUGUCAUAGCCAUGAUGCAAAAAUUGAGGGGGGGGGGAGCACCCGAUGCGCCGUCGCCGAAAUGCGCGGCCCGCUCCGAAUGUUCCUCAUAUCUACUAAACGGGCUGCAUUGUACUGAAUGUGAAUUUUCAGCUUCUUGGACCGUACGUACUCAAAGGUCAUGAACCCGGUUCGAUGAUUUAAUCGACCGCCACCUAACGCGAGAAAAUGUAACGGCAUGCUCUUCAAAUAAAAGCUUCGAAAUCC